AUGCAUUUACAUCGGUCUCUCUCACUGGCGGGCCAUCGCCGUAGCCUGGAGUGGGCGAGCAAGGAUCCGGAUCGUCGUCAAGCCAUGCCCAAGUUCGCAGCCAUGCACGACGCCAUGACUGCUCUCACUGACAUGCACAACAGCAUUCAGCUUGCAUAUGUCAAGGUGAUCAAGGAUGGCAGAACACUCCUCAAGCUGCGCCCGCAGCAAUCCGCCAGCGAUGAAUGGGCAGAGGCUUUCACCUGGAUGCAGCAAUCUUUGGUCUCGCUCAAGGCGGAAUCCAAAGACGCGGCGCCGCCUGGCCCAAUUGUUCGCAGCUUGACGCACCGUGACAAGCCUGCUGAAACCGCAGCGUGA